AAGAAAACAGGAACCGUUGCUUAGGUAGGAAUGAUUAUUUUUUUUUUUUUACUGUCAAUAAGCAACUGUGCUCUGAACACAAUGAUACACUGAAACAAAAUCUAGUAUUCCUUCGAUUUCGGUGGUGGAUUGUAACCGGACUGAGCGUUGACCUGUGACAGCUGGCUGCCAUCAUGGGGGAGUGGUCCCUCCUAUCAGAGAUGUUGGACAAGGUCCAGUUACACUCCACCCUCCUCGGCAAGGUGUGGAUGAGCGUUCUCUUCAUCUUCAGAAUCUUCAUCCUGGCAGCUGGCGUGGAUCAGAUAUGGGGGGAUGAACAAGCAAACAUGGACUGCAACACCAAAAGCCCGGGCUGCAAGAACGCUUGCUACGACGCCUCCUUCCCCAUCUCUCACACACGCUUCUGGGUGCUCCAGAUUCUCAUUGUCUCAACACCGACUCUGAUCUACCUGGGCCACGUGCUGCUGGUCAUUCGCAAGGAGAACAAGCUCAGGAGACGCCUGGAGCAAAAGGACGCGCUUAACGGGGUGAUCAAAUCGCCCAAAUACUCUGAUGAACAUGGAAAGGUGCACCUGAAAGGCGCCCUGCUGGUCAGCUACAUGCUGCAGCUCCUCUUCAAGAUCCUUCUUGAAGUGGCCUUCAUCGUGGGCCAGUACUUCAUCUACGACUUCAUACUCAUGCCGGAUAAGAUUACCUUCGAAGGCGGGAGCUGUCAAACGCACACAAACUGUUUCAUCAGUCGUCCCACAGAAAAAAGCGUAUUCAUCAUCUUUAUGCUGGCGAUGGCCGUCCUCUCCGUCAUCCUCAACAUCGCCGAGAUGUUCCAGCUGACGAUAUCCAAGAUACAAGAGAAGAGAAGAAGGAGAUAAGACCAAAGAGAUGAUCAUCGACCCAAGAACAAGGGAAAAGGAGCCGCAUAAACCCCUGUUUAUUGAUGAGACUGAGGUGGAGAGGGUGAAAACCUUCAAGUUCCUUGGCACACACA